ACAAUUUACACCGAACCUUCCGGAAUAAAAAAUCUGCAGUCUAUUAACUUCCGCUAUUGAAUAAAGAAGCGACCAUUUUAGACCUACAUCGUCGUUUAUCCACGCUUUAUUAGAGGUGUGACAAAAUUAUUUUAUUUUGUUGAAUUGGUGCAUUUAAGGAUGGGCACUAGAGUUUACCUUGGUCGAUUGUCUUAUCAUGCUCGAGAGAAAGACAUAGAAAGAUUUUUUAGAGGUUAUGGAAGAAUUCGAGACAUUAUGCUAAAGAAUGGAUAUGGUUUUGUGGAGUUUGAUGAUUACAGAGAUGCUGAUGAUGCAGUCUAUGAAUUGAAUGGCAAGGAGCUUUGUGGGGAAAGAGUUGUAAUUGAACAUGCUCGUGGGUCAGGGCGUCCACCUGCUUCUAGAUCUCGAGGUUCAUCUGCAUGGUUAGAUAAAUAUGGCCCACCUACAAGAACAGAUCAUAGGUUGAUAGUUGAAAACCUAUCUUCUCGUGUGAGUUGGCAGGAUUUAAAAGAUUAUAUGCGUCAAGCUGGAGAGGUCACAUAUGCAGAUGCCCAUAAAAGACACAGGAAUGAAGGUAUUAUUGAAUUCGCCACUGCUGCAGACCUAAGAAAUGCCAUAGAGAAAUUAGAUGGAACAGAAAUAAAUGGUAGAAAGAUUCGGCUAAUUGAAGACAAAGUUAAAAAACACAGUCGUUCAAGAAGUCGUUCAAGGUCCAGAAGUAGAAGGAGAAGUCGCUCAAAGAGUGAUAGCAGAUCAAGAAGUAGAAGUAGAAGCAGAUCAAGAAGUGAAAGUAAAGAUAAAAAGUCAAAAAGCCGAUCAGCAAGCCCAGCAGAAAAGAAGUCCACGUCUCGAUCACGUUCUCGAUCAAGGUCACAAGAUAAGGAAAAUGGAGAUCAAGAUGGGGAUAGGAAUAAUGAUGAUUGAAGUUAAGGCAUUUUGAGGAAAUGAUUUUUAUGGAUUAUUUUUCAGUAUUUGUAUAUUUGAAUAAAAUGAAAGGUUCAUCUAAUGUAUGCUAGUUAUUGUCAAAUGUCUCUUAAGGUAAGACAGCUCAUUUCAUUGAAGCCUCUUAUGUUGUGCAUCCAACACUUUGGUAUUGUAACUAGUGCUGGAUAUCAUUUUUAGUGAAAUAUUCUUAUCAUGAAUGUAUUUCACUUGUCAUUUUAAGAACUAUCUUUUAACUGUUGCUAUUGAUUGGUCUGUUAUAUUAAUAGUAAGCCAGUCUCUUGAAUAAACAUAGUUAGUUGAGAACUCCCCCACUAGUUAACUAUUCAGUGAAAUCAUGUUCAUUAUGUAAGCAUUAUUUGUAUACAUACAAGUUUCACAAUAUUGGUUCAUCACAAAUAAACUACUACUAACUGUAAA